UCUUCAAGGUUGAAACCCCACCUUUAAUUUAUACAAAUACAGUUCCCUUGUCUUCCUUCUCCACUCAAAAGCUCCAACUGAUAAACAAAACUGCAGUCUCCACCUUCUUUUCCGGUCACUUACAUCCGCCGAAAACUUUCAAAAAAGGCUGCGUCCGUUAAGAUCUUAAUGCUUCCAAAAUCCAGCACCGUCUCUGCAAAGCUGAACUCAAUCGAACGCACAAGCUCCUCCAACACACAACAAACGCCACCUUUUUCCUUUGUAUCACGCAUAAAUCGCUUAUGGCUACUCCUUUUCAUCGUCUCGCUCCAGAUAACCAUCCUCUUCAUGGCUCGUUCCCUCCCUUUUCACCACCGCCGAACCCACCUCGCCGACCCUGAACCCGACCCGUGCUCCUCCGGUCGUAUCUAUGUCUACAACUUGCCGCCUGUUUUCAACCAAGAGUUGUUGAAUAGUUGCGAUGAGCUGAACCCAUGGAGUUCGAGUUGCGAAGCAUUAUCCAACGGUGGGUUAGGAAGGAAGGCCGUCGGAUUAUCCGGCGUUGUACCGGAGGAGUUGAUCCCCGCUUGGUAUUUGACUGAUCAGUUCGCCAUGGAAAUUAUUUACCACAACCGUAUCUUAAACCACAAGUGCCGUACCAUAGAUCCUAAUUCCGCGACGGCGUUUUAUAUUCCGUUUUACGCCGGACUCGCCGUUGGGAAAUACUUGUGGUCCAAUUAUAGUUGGAAGGAUCGUGAUAGGUACUGCGACAUGAUACUGAAGUGGGUGCAGGAUCAACCGUAUUGGAACGAAUCCGACGGAUGGGAUCAUUUCAUGACGAUGGGGCGCAUCACAUGGGAUUUCCGGCGAACCAAAAACGAAGACUGGGGCACUAAAUGCAUCUACAUACCGGGCAUGAGAAACAUCACGCGUCUCUUGAUCGAACGGAACCCCUGGGACUAUUUCGACGUCGGUGUGCCUUACCCCAGCGGAUUCCAUCCUAGGUCAGACUCCGACAUCUUCCGAUGGCAGCACUUCGUCCGCAACCGCCGCCGCAAAACCCUCUUCUGCUUCGCAGGAGCGCCGCGUGGGGCGGUGAAGAACGAUUUCCGAGGCUUGCUGUUGAGCCAAUGCAAGAACGCGUCCGGGUUAUGUCGGGCGGUGGACUGCACGAGUGCUCGCUGCUCCAACGGCACGUCGGCGAUCCUCGAAACGUUUCUGGAUUCGGAUUUCUGCUUGCAACCCAGAGGCGACAGUUUCACCCGCAGGUCGAUUUUCGAUUGCAUGAUCGCCGGGUCCAUCCCAGUUUUCUUCUGGCAUCGAUCGGCUUAUCUCCAGUACCAAUGGUUUUUACCGAGUGAACCGAAGAGUUACUCGGUUUUUAUCCACCGGGACGAGGUGAAAAGCGGGACGAGUAUUAAAAACGUGCUUGAAAGUUACAGCAGAGACGAGGUGAAGAAAAUGAGGGAGAAAGUGAUUGAAUACAUUCCUAAAUUAGUUUAUGCAAAACCCGAAAAGGGUUUGGAGAGUAUAAAGGAUGCUUUCGAUGUCGCCAUUGAUGGAGUUUUGAAGAGAAACAAGGAGCACGAGCAGCCCGGUUACAAGUGGAGACGAUGAUCAUUGAAGCUCACGGUGAAAAAUAACAAGCGUGGAGAAUAUACAGAAUUAUAUAGAUUUUAUUUAUUUGUUCAUUUUUAAAGAA